AUGGUAUUUACAAGGGUUGUGUUUGAUACCUCAGUGCCCCCAAAGAACUGGGAGGCAAGGUCGUGGUCAGGAGAGGGCAGACGGCCAUCAGGGCACUCCACUCGACUGGGUUCACCUCACUCGAUCGAGCUUGCUCUUGACUCGAUCGAGUUGUGCCUCGAGUUGCUAUCCUUCUUCCUAAAACCUGCUCCUGUAAGACUUAGCCAAGAAAAUCAUAGAAAUAAAAGCCGGGGUUGGAUCUUGAAGAGGAGUGAUGAUCUCCUCUGUGGGGGUCAUUCCUAG